AAGAACAAGUUCGCUGUGAGGCCGAGCGAGCGGAUGCAGAGCGACGGGCCGAGCCUGCCGCUCAUCAUUAAAGGUGACGUGGACGGCUCGGUGGAGACCCUCCUCAACAUCCUGGACAGCUACGACGCUCAGCGGCAGUGUCAGCUGGAAGUGCUUCACUUCGGCAUCGGGGACGUUUCAGAGAACGACGUCAACAUGGCCGACACAUUCACAGGUUCCGUUUACGGCUUCAACGUCGCAGCCAGCAAGUCCAUCCAGCAGCUGGCGGCGAAGCGAGGCGUCCCGCUGAGGCUUCACACCGUCAUCUACAGACUGAUCGACGAGCUGAAGGUGGAGCUGAGCAGCAAACUGCCUCCACUGCUGUCGGAGAACAUCGUCGGUGAGGAACCGUAGA